AAAUAAUACGGAAAAAGCAAGUCAUUUGUUUGACAUCUUAAAAGUUUCUUAUUUUAUUUGUCGCAAUGGAGAAACCUUCCACGUCGCACAAAAAGUUACCAAAGAAGAAUGAAUUACCCAAGAAGCGAACUUCAAGGUCCAAAAAGGAGUCGCUGUCUUUGGAGAAAAUCCAAGCAGAAGAGGAUGCGAGCCAACAGCAAUCUGACGCUGAGACUGAGGUUGAGGUUGACAGCGAUGAGGGCGAGUCGGGACAGCAGGAGGCCGCCAGUGGCGUCAGCUCCAUCUUUGCGGAAAUGAAGGAAAAGGACGACGAGGGAAACAACGGCAAGGAGAAAUUUACUGAGGAGGAUGUCAAGCGCAUGGAGGAACUGAGUCGCAUGCCCCUUGCCGCCAUGGCCGCCCACAUCCAGGCCCUGGACACGGAGCUGUACGAAUUGAGCCAGCGCGAGACCCGUGAGCUGUCCCGCAGCAAGCACCUGCGCAUCUUCUCCAACUACCGACGCCGCAGCAAGUGAACGAGUAGGGGACAAAUCAUCUAAAGCAUCUACUUACACAGCUGUGUGUACUUUGAUGGUAUCGAAACGAAUAAAUGGUUGUCAGCAUACCCAUAGCAUAGCUCCACG